AGGAAGGCUGAUAAGACUUGUUUUGCUUUCAAUGGGAAGGGACUUUGAAAGGCUCAGUGUGAAGCCCUCCUUACUUACUGAGGCUGCUGAACGGCUCUGCUAAAGGGAGCUGAUAUCCUGUUUCUCUUGGAGGGGCUUGACUGCUCUCAUUUCGAAGUUGAGCCUCGAAGCCCCCUGCAACUGACGAGCGGAGUAGUCAGUGUGGGGCCUUCGUGCCGACCAAAGGAAAAUGGAGCGCGAUUUUUCUCUGUUGAGAACGGAGGCGCUGUGCGCUGUGAAAACUGCCCUGGUGACUGCUGAAAACUUACAGCUCACCUUGAAGCCAGAGCCCACGCUGGAGGAGCAGGCACUGACCAAUAGCAGUAACGCUAGCAGUGUGGAAGAGGACGGCUGUGCUGGGAACGAUGACUUGAAAGAAAUGUUGGAAAGCAGCAAGGACUCACUCAAGCUGGAAGCUAUGAAAAGAAUCGUUGGGAUGAUUGCUAAAGGAAAGAGCGCAUCUGAUUUAUUCCCAGCAGUUGUGAAGAAUGUUGCGAGUAAAAACAUUGAGCUGAAGAAAUUGGUGUACGUGUACCUGGUUCGCUAUGCAGAAGAGCAGCAGGAUCUGGCCCUGUUGUCCAUCAGUACCUUCCAGCGUGCACUGAAGGAUCCUAACCAGCUGAUCCGUGCAAGCGCUCUGAGAGUUUUAUCCAGCAUCCGAGUGCCUAUUAUUGUUCCAAUCAUGAUGCUGGCCAUUAAAGAAGCAGCUACUGAUUUGUCACCUUAUGUCAGAAAAACUGCAGCUCAUGCGAUUCAGAAACUGUACAGUCUUGAACCGGAUCAGAAAGAACAUUUAAUUGAGGUCAUAGAGAAACUGUUAAAGGACAAAAGCACACUGGUCGCUGGAAGUGUUGUGAUGGCUUUUGAAGAAGUGUGUCCCGAUCGAAUCGAUCUGAUUCACAAGAACUUCCGUAAGCUCUGCAACCUCCUAGUGGAUGUGGAAGAGUGGGGCCAGGUUGUCAUCAUCAACGUGUUGACCAGAUACGCCCGCACACAGUUCCUUAGUCCCUGGAAGGAGGAUGCACUGUUUGAAGAGAACAGCGAACAAAACUUUUAUGAUUCGGAUGAUGAGAAGAAAGACAAAUCUUCGCCUGCUUCCAAGCCUUAUAUGAUGGACCCAGACCACCGUUUGCUUCUCAGAAACACUAAACCUUUGUUACAGAGCAGAAAUACAGCAGUCGUGAUGGCGGUUGCACAGCUCUAUUGGCACUUGGCCCCUAAGCCUGAAGUGAGCAUCGUCACCAAGUCAUUAGUGCGAUUACUACGAAGCCACAGGGAAGUGCAGUAUAUUGUCCUGCAGAAUAUUGCUACCAUGUCUAUUCAGCGUAAGGGUAUGUUUGAGCCAUAUCUUAAAAGUUUCUAUGUGAGAUCUACAGAUGCUACUCACAUUAAGACCUUGAAGCUGGAGAUCCUCACAAACCUGGCCAAUGAAGCAAAUAUCUCUACAAUCCUGCGGGAGUUCCAGACAUAUGUGAAGAGUCAAGAUAAGCAAUUUGCUGCGGCUACAAUCCAGGCCAUCGGAAGAUGUGCGACAAACAUAUCCGAAGUGACCGACACGUGCUUAAAUGGCCUUGUGCUCUUGCUUUCUAACAGAGAUGAGACUGUUGUGGCAGAAAGUGUGGUGGUGAUAAAGAAACUCUUGCAAACCCAACCAUCACAGCACAGCGAGAUCAUAAAACACAUGGCCAGACUUUUUGACAAAAUAACUGUGCCGAUGGCCAGAGCUAGUAUCCUUUGGUUGAUGGGAGAGUAUUGUGAAAGAGUCCCAAAGAUAGCCCCUGAUGUUUUGAGAAAAAUGGCCAAAACGUUCACAUCGGAAGAAGAAAUUGUAAAGCUGCAGACUUUGAAUUUGGCAGCCAAACUGUAUCUUACAAACUCUAAACAGACAAAAUUGCUUACACAGUACAUAUUAAAUCUAGGCAAGUAUGAUCCCAACUAUGACAUUAGGGACCGUACAAGAUUUAUUAGGCAGCUGAUCGUGCCGAAUGAAAAGAGUGGAGCCUUGAGCAAGUAUGCAAAGAAAAUCUUCCUAGCCCCAAAGCCAGCGCCCGUACUCGAGUCGGCGUUCAAAGAUAGGGAUCGCUUCCAGCUUGGCACACUGUCUCACUCCCUUAAUACCAAAGCUGCGGGAUACCUGGAGCUGUCUGACUGGCCCGAGGUGGCCCCAGACCCGUCUGUCAGGAACGUAGAGGUGGUGGAGCCGUUAAAAGAAUGGGCACCUUCGGCAGGAAAAACAAAGGCUUCCAAGCAGGGUGACAAGUUCUACUCGGAUUCUGGGGAGGAGGAGGAGGAGGUCUCAGGGAGUGGCAAGAGCAGCGAUGACAGUAGCAGCCAUGAGGAAACUGACAGCGGGACGGGGAGCGAGGAGGACGCCGAGAGCGGCAGUGAGGACGGGCAGAGCGGCUCGUCCAGUGAGCAAGACAGUUCCAGCCAGUCCGGCUCUGACAAGAAGACGACGCCGAAGAAGAAGAAAGUCAAGAAGGAAGAGGAUGAGAGUGAGAAAAGUGAUUCCGGAAGACACAAAAAGACCAAAAAAGAAUCCAAAACGAGAAAAGCUGAAUCCUCGGAGUCUGAGGCAAGCUCUUCCUCUGAUAGCUCCUCCAGCUCUGAGUCGGGCUCAGAACUGGACACUGACUCGGAUUCCAGCGCCGACCUGAAGCUCAAGGCUAAACCCAAGAAGGAAGAGAAGAAAAAACAAGAAAUCUCCUUACUGGAUCUGGAUGACUUUGCUCCUGUAUCGGUACCCACAGCCACGCCCAAGUCAUCUGUUCUUUCUCCCAGUUUGUCACGAGAUCUGGAAGGCCUGUCUUUAACAAACAUCUCCCCAGCCAUUGAAGUCACCAGCCCAGUGUACGUUCCUGCUCAACCUCAUGAGCUUCUCCAUCGCAUGACUGGCAAAGGGCUGGCAGCCUGCUACCAUUUCCCUCGUCAGCCCUGCAUUUACAACCCCAAGAUGGUGUCUGUGCAGAUUACUCUGACCAACAGCAGCGACCACAAACUAGAAGACAUUCACAUAGGAGAGAAGAAACUUCCCAUGGGACUCCACAUUCAUGAGUUUAACAAGAUAGAAAGUCUGGAUCCUGAGGCAUCUAUCACUGUUUCUAUGGGCAUCGACUUCAAUGACUCCACUCAGGCAGCUAACUUUCAGCUUUGCACAAAAAGCGACCAGUUCAAUGUCUCCAUUCAGCCUGCAGUGGGCGAGCUGUUCCUGCCUGUCACCAUGUUGGAACAAGACUUUCGGAAGGAGCAAGGAAAGCUGACAGGAAUGAAUGAAUGCACUGCUACCAUCACUGUUGCCCCAGAAAAUAUCUCCAGUCAGGCCAUUGCGCGCAAAGUAGUCACUGUAGCUAACAUGGGUGUAGUACCGUCUGAUCAGGAUACCCUACACAGGUUUGCAGCUAAAACUGUGAACGCUGAGGCCCUGGUGCUUGUUACAGUGGAGCUGAAGGAAGCAUCAACAGCACAGCUCAUCAUCAACACUGAAAAGACUGUGAUUGGCUCGAUGCUUCUGAGGGAGCUGAAAACUGCACUCUCCCAGGGGUAACCGCUUACAUCUGGACCUCCACGUCUGGCACACGGAAAACUGCCUUUCGUUUAUAAUAUUAAACCUUCCAUCUGGCGUUGAUGUGGGAGGAAAAUAUUAGAAAAGAAAGUCAUGCCAAUUUUCAAUGUUUUCCCCUUCAGCUUAUCUCUGAACAAGAAGUAGCUCUGUAUGUUUUGCUCUCAUUGUUAAAUUCAUUUUUCAAAGCGUGGUGCCUUUUGCUUUCUUUAUUGUAUAUUCACUGACACAGACACACACCUAGGGGAAUAACAACAAAUUGAAUUUGAUUUCACCUUUAGAAGUGUUUACUGUAGUUCUAGUGGGUGCACUUGUAGCACUUCAGACCAUAUUAAGAUUUCAGAACUAUGGCUGUUUUGAUUUCAUUGGGGAAAACAUAGUUUUAUAAACUCUUUUAUGCCACAUGUUUUUCCCAAAACAGGAUGAAAAUGCACAUGGGAACCAGUCUCCCUUGUAAAUUGAAAUGUCGUGAAAUGUCAUUCUAUCAUCUUUGUGCUUUUGUACGUUCUUGCCUGUUUCUUCAUAAAGGCCUUGAAAACUGGUACCACUGUUAAUUAGUUUUUCUUUAUGUCUUUUGAGUUUAGACAUAAGUGCCUUUCAUCUGAAGACAAAGUUUUCUUUAUUUUAAAAUUGCCAAAAACUGCUCGGACAUGUUUGUUGGAAGAUACACAAUGUUCCAUCUCAUUAUGGUGUAAGUGUUAAGUAAGACAAUUUAUUACAAUUGUAAAAUAAAGUGACUGAUGGCUCCGA